UAGUCAGGCUGCUGCCUGUUUGCUCCAGCCAGUUAGGUCGGAUAUGGAGGGUUGCUGAGCUCUGCUCUCUACCGUGGUCAGUCAGCCAGUCCAGCCGGCCAGGAGACCCUUAGGACGACAGGAUGAGCUCCGCGGGACCCCCGGCCAAGAGGAAAUGUUACAUGGGACGACAUGAGAUCAUCCAGAAAAAGAGUGUCCCCGACCCUGAGCAGCCACUCACCCCAAGACGCUCCAGUCGCCUGCAAAACACUCAUACCCACACUCUGCAUGACAACACACACAUGGCCCAGAAUGCAGCUGCAGGACAGGGGUGUGUGGUAGGAGACUCCUCUCUGGACCCUGGAGAGGAGAUGCUGCAGGCGCUGGAAGCUCUGGACCCUGGAGGGAUGAAAUUAACACAUGGGGUAGAGAGAGGGGUAUCUUUAAUCCAGAGAGGGGUAUCCCACGCCUCAGCAGCCCCAGCCCAGACCUCCCACAUCCUGACACCAAGCCCAGGACCAGGACCAGAGGUCGGGGCUAGGGUUAGACUUGGACCAGGUGUGUUUGAGCGGCCAGGGCUGAUUCAGACAGCGGACCGUAAGGACCUGGCUCAGUGCCUGCUGUUCAGUGAAGACUCAGAGGACAGAGAGCAUGCUGGGACACUUCCACACAGACCCACGGAUGUCCCACCCCCUCAGCGGAACUGCAGCUCCAGAGGUAGGAAGCGCAGGGCCAGGGGGAGGAGCUCUGAGACCACACCCACAGGAAGAGGAAGUAGUUCCUGCCAGAAUGCGGACUCCCCAUUGGACGUGUCUGAUGACUUCAUCCUGUUCAACCCCUCCCACCUGGCGCUGGCGAAGGAGAGAGCGGAGCUACAGCGGUCUCUGAGGAACAACAUGUCUGCUUCUGUUCUCAUGCCCCCUACUGGGAUGGAGGCCAGCACACUCAACACCACAGGGGUUGGUGUAUCAGAGGUGUGUGUGCGUCCAGACGAGCAGUGUGACAGGCUGUUGUUGUCCAGCUGGGGUCUACCUGCUGUGGUCCUUGAUCGCUACCGUCGUCAUGGUGUCUCCUCCAUGUUCCCCUGGCAGGCUCAGUGUCUCAGUCUGGGACGAGUGCUGCAGGGACACAACCUGGUCUACUCAGCCCCAACCAGUGCAGGGAAGACCCUGGUGGCAGAGCUGUUGAUGCUGAAGAGAGUACUGGAGACCAGGAGGAAAGCUCUGUUUAUCCUACCCUUCGUGUCCCUGGCCAAGGAGAAGAUGACCUACCUACAGAGCGUGUUCUCAGAGGCGGGUGUGUGUGUGGAGGGCUACAUGGGAGGCCGGUCUGCUCCCCACGGCUUCAGUAGCCUGGACAUAGCAGUGUGUACCAUAGAGAAGGCCAACUCCCUCCUCAACAGACUCAUAGAGGAGGAUUCCAUGGACCUACUGGGUGUGGUAGUUGUGGACGAGCUUCAUAUGGUAGGAGACUCCAGUAGAGGAUACCUGCUGGAGCUUCUGCUCACCAAGAUACGAUACAUCGCCCUCAAACACAACACCGGCUCCUUAUCAGAAGGUGUCCAAAUCGUGGGUAUGAGUGCCACCCUCCCUAACCUGUCCCUGCUGUCUGGGUGGCUGGAUGCGGAGCUCUACCAGACUGACUACAGACCCGUCCCCCUGAAGCAGAGGCUCAAGGUUGGGAACAGCAUCUACGACUCAAGCCUCUCUCUGGUCCGAACAUUCAGGCCCCUGAUCACUGUCAAGGGAGAUGAGGACCACAUUUUGUCCCUGUGUUAUGAGACAGUGAGUGAGGGUCACUCUGUCCUCCUGUUCUGUCCUUCCAAGAGCUGGUGUGAGAAACUGUCUGACAGCAUUGCUAGAGCGUUCUACAACCUCACACACACAGGUGGUCAGAACUGCUCAGCACCCCAGGCUCUGGCAUUGGACCAGGGGGGAGUGGUGGACGUGUUAGCCCAGCUCAGACGCACCCCGGCUGGGUUAGACCCGGUCCUACAACGCACCGUGCCCUGGGGCGUGGCUUUCCACCACGCUGGUCUGACAUUUGAUGAGCGAGACGUGUUGGAGGGGGCGUUCCGAGGGGGCGUGGUCAGAGUGUUGGCGGCGACCUCAACCCUGUCGUCAGGGGUCAACCUGCCGGCACGCAGGGUUAUCAUACGAACUCCGACCUUCAAUGGGCGUCUACUCGACCCCCUGACCUACAGACAGAUGGCCGGACGCGCGGGGAGGAUGGGAGUCGACACUGAGGGGGAGAGUGUGUUGGUGUGUAAGGAGGCGGAGCGUCAGAAGGGAGUGUGUCUUCUCCAGGGCGCUCUGCAGCCAAUCAGCAGCUGCCUGGUGAAGAGGGAGGGGGAGGGGCUAACCACCAGCAUGCUCCGAGCCAUCCUGGAGAUCAUUGUUGGGGGCGUGGCCAGCUCUCCUCAGGAUGUGAGGCUUUAUGCUUCCUGUACGCUGCUGGCUGCUGGUGCCCGCUAUGACACCACACCAGGGGGCGCCAUUACCACACCAGGGGGCGCCAUUACCACACCAGGGGGCGCCAUUACGGAGGGAGGAGGGAAGACUGGAGGAGAGACGGAGGGAGCGACAGGAGGAGAGACGGAGGGAGCGACGGGAGGAGAGACGGAGGGAGCGAUAGAGGCCUGUGUGGAAUGGUUGAUUGAGAAUGAGUUCAUAUCUAUCCAAAGAGAGGGAGAUGGGAGAGAGAGGAAGAGAGGGGGGGCAGGAGGAGAAGAGAGGUACUGCCCCACCCACCUGGGCUCUGCCACCCUCUCCUCCUCCCUCUCUCCUCCUGAGGCACUGGGCAUCUUCUCAGACCUACAGAGAGCCAUGAAGGGCUUCGUGCUGGACAACGACCUACACACACUCUACCAGAUAACUCCUGUGUGUGCUGAGUGGACCACAAUUGACUGGUACCAGUUCUGGUGUCUCUGGGAGGCGCUUGGCUCAUCCUAUAAGAGAGUAGCAGAGCUGGUGGGGGUCCAGGAGAGCUUCCUGGCUCGGUCUGUUAGCGGGAAACUGAUCGCCAAGACAGAGCGACAGAGACGACAGAUGGCCAUACACAAACGGUUCUUCACUACUCUGGUCCUUCAGGACUUGGUCAAUGAGGUUCCUCUGGGUACCGUGGCAACCAAGUACAACUGUAGUCGUGGACAGCUACAGUCUCUACAGCAGUCUGCCUCCACCUAUGCAGGCAUGGUAACGGUGUUCUGCCGGCGGCUGGGAUGGCACAGCCUGGAGUUGCUUCUUUCCCAGUACCAGACCAGGUUGAGCUUCGGGGUCCAGAGGGAACUGAUGGACCUGGUCAGGGUCUCGCUGCUGAGCGCAACAAGAGCACGGACGCUCUAUGACCAGGGCCUCGCUACGGUGGCCCAGCUGGCCAGGGCAAAGGUCACUGAGGUGGAGAAGGCCCUACGCAAGGCUGUCCCCUUUAAGAGUUCUCGUCGUGCGGUGGAUGAGAGUGAGGGGGAGGCAGCCGAGAGGCGGAGCUUACGGUGUGUCUGGGUCAGUGGGGGGCGGGCUCUAACAGAACACGAGGCAGCCAUUGAGAUUGUGUCUGAGGCCAGGCUCCUCCUCCAGCAAGACCUCGCCCUAUUGGGUGUGGCCUGGGACCCCGGGACACUGCCCACGGAGACACGCCCUAACAACGACCAUGACAACGACUCACCUGAGACACAGCGGGACCGGUCCAAAUCCCGGAAAGAUGGAGAGAGGAGGAUGAACGAGAAGAAAGCGAUGGAAGACGGAGAGAAAGAGGGAAGAGGAAGCCCCCACCUCCCGAGUGGCGGAACCUCUGGACAGUGUUUAUGGGGGGACAGUAAAGAGGGACAGAAUGGGCGUGGCAGGGAGAGGACAGCCGUCCACAGCUCUGAGGAAAGCAACAGUAUCCAUGGCAACCCCCAUACCCAUGGUUCCCAUGACAACACUGCGCCCAGAUACAACUUCUCCCUGACUGACAGCCAGAUGGAACACGUCCUCGACGACCAGAUCUUGGCAGGCGAUAAUGAUGAUGAUGAUGAAGCCCUCCCACCCCCUAGCGCACGCCGCUCCUCAGUGAGCAAUGAGAACAGUCUAAACGGCAGUAGCAGCUUCCUAUUUGACAGCCUGUACGACAGCUCCUUAUUGGUUGGGCUUAGCCACGACUCUGACCAAUCAGAGGAGGAGAAGGAGGAGGGGCCUGUUGCCAUGGAGACCAGUCUCCUGUCCAACCAGCAGCGGCGACGCAGCGGGCUCCUAGCCAAUCAGGAGGCAGAGGAACAGGAGGCCGUCCAAUGGGGCGAGUCGUCCUUCAACCUAUCAGAGUGGGGCGACUCUCUGCUGGUUGGAGAGCACUUCCUGGAGAGGCGGAGCCUGCUGAGACACAGGGAGCGACCGCAACACGAACAAGACUGCGACCCUAAACCUCCCCAUCACCCCAAAACAGCCCCCAAACCUCCCCAUCACCCCAAAACAGCCCCCAAACCUCCCCCUCCCCCCAAAACAGACCCUAAACCUCCCCCUCACCCCAAAACGUUGCUAGACUCUCCUCCUGUUCCCACAGCUCCCCCAAUCCUCUCCCCCUCCUCCCCCCCAUCUCUGACGGACGAGGGCUUCACCCUCCAGCUCUCCCAGGAUGCAUCUCUCUCUCCCAGCAGCCCUAGCGGUGGGCUGGCCAUCAUAGACGUGGCGAGCGACAGAACGCUGUUCUACACAUUUAUAGAGGAGUGGAGGAGGAAGGAGAGGUACUCCCUCGUUCCCGCCUGUGGAAUGACAGACGGGACACACGGAGGAGACGGCGGGAGAGGAGGGAGAGGAGGAGACGGCGGGAGAGGAGGGAGAGGAGGAGACGGCGGGAUGCAGCAGAGAGGUCUUCCCCAAAGUUCCUUUGGAAGUGUGGCGUUAACAGGACUGGCUGUCUGCUGGGGAGGAACAGACUGUUACUUCAUAUCACUGCUACAGCAGCAGAGUACCGAGAUGAGCGCCAGUCUGGCCCCGCCCCCGCUGGCUGCUGAUUUGCCGGUUGAAGAGAGGAUGGAGCAGAUGAGGGCCUGUCUGAGUAAAUCAUUGGCCGACGGGGAAGGGGGUGUGGUCAUGACUUAUGACAUCAUCCAGGUGUACAAGACGCUGGUGCUGAGCUGUGGUAUCUCCCUGGAGGGGCCCUGUGAAGACCUGAAGGUGGCGUGUUGGCUGUUGGACCCGGGUAGUGAAGAGAGAACUCUAACGAACAUGGUCACCUGCUACUGUCCAGUGGAUCUACCUCUGCUGGACGGCCACUCACCCACAGCCUCCCCCCGACUGCAAGCAGCCAUAGACAGUGUGCUGAUACACAGCACCAUGAGACACCUCACUACGCUGCUGGAGAAAGACGGAAUGAUCAAUGUGUUCCGCAGUGUGGAGAUGCCUUCCCAGGUGUGCCUGGCUCUGCUAGAGCUGAAUGGGGUUGGCUUCAGCUGGGAGGAAUGUGACCGGCAGAAACACGUGAUGCAGGCCAAGCUGUCAGCUCUGGAGACACAGGCCUACAGACUCGCUGGUCACAACUUCUCUCUCACUAGCACCAAGGAUGUGGCACAGGUGUUGUUCCUGGAGUUGCAUCUGCCUCCUAGCGGUGAUAUGAGUGGGGGGAGGGGCAAGAAGACCCUGGGGUACAGCAGGAGAGGAACAGGACACGCCCGCUUGGGGAAACAGUUUAGUACCACCAAGGACAUCCUAGAGAAGCUCAGCCCCCUCCACCCGUUGCCGGGGGUGAUUCUGGAGUGGAGGAGGAUUACAAAUGCCUUGACAACGGUGGUGUUUCCCCUGCAGAGAGAGAGACGACAUCACCCCCUGAUGGUUAUGGAUAGAAUACACCCUGUCUCCCGCACUCACACUGCUACAGGCAGAGUGAGCUUCACAGAGCCCAACAUCCAGAACGUUCCGAAGGACUUUGAGAUCCAGAUGGCCUUUGUGGUGGAGGAGAGCCCGCCCUCACAAGAUGGCCGCCGGACAGGCAGGGGCCGCUCCAGGCUGAUCAGACCUCUAGCUCCUCCUCCUGAAGGGGCCGUGGCUUUCUCCGUCAGCAUGAGAAACGCCUUUGUACCUUUCACAGGAGGGAUGGUAUUAGCAGCAGAUUAUUCCCAGUUGGAGCUCAGGGUGUUGGCUCACCUCUCUAAGGACAGACGUCUGCUACAGGUGUUGAAUGGAGGAGCUGAUGUGUUCCGCUGUAUCGCUGCUGAGUGGAGGAGCAUUGAGCUGGAGACGGUGGACGACACCCUGAGACAACAGGCUAAACAGAUGUGUUAUGGUAUAAUCUAUGGGAUGGGAGCCAAGUCUCUGGGAGAGCAGAUGGGAAUAGAGGAGGACGAUGCAGCUGCUUAUAUCGAGAGCUUCAAGGAGCGAUACACAGGGAUCCACAGGUUUCUGAAGGAGACGGUACGUAGCUGUGUGAAGAAGGGUUUUGUCCAGACUCUACUGGGCCGGAGGAGAUACCUACCUAACAUCACCAACACCAACACCUACACCAGAACACACGCGGAGCGUCAGGCUGUUAACACGACAGUCCAGGGAUCAGCUGCUGACAUCGUCAAACUGGCUACUGUCAACAUCCAAAAAUGUCUUAGAGACACCUACCCUACUGCCCCUCUCUCACACCAACACACUAACACAGAGAGUCGUGGGCGUGGCAGAGCAAGUCGUGGGCGUGGCAGAGCAGUUUCUCGUCGUGGGGCGUUUUUCAUCCUGCAGCUUCAUGAUGAACUCAUCUAUGAGACCGCAGAGGAGGACCUCAUACAGGUGGCUCAGAUAGUGAAAAGAGAGAUGGAGAGCGCUGUGAAGCUCUAUGUUAAGCUGAAAGCCAAGGUCAAGGUGGGAGCCAGCUGGGGAAGCCUGCAGGACCUGGACAUCUGAACACCGGCCCAAUUAUCCCCCCGUCCUCACAAAGGACCUGAACAACAGCCCAACUAUCUCCCAAAGGACCUGAACAUCUGAACGACAGCCCAACUAUCUCCAAAAGGACCUGGAGAUCUGAACAACAGCCCAAUUAUCUCCCAAAGGACCUGGAGAUCUGAACGACAGCCCAACUAUCUCCCAAAGGACCUGGAGAUCUGAACAACAGCCCAACUAUCUCCCAAAGGACCUGGAGAUCUGAACGACAGCCCAACUAUCUCCCAAAGGACCUGGAGAUCUGAACGACAGCCCAACUAUCUCCCAAAGGACCUGGAGAUCUGAACAACAGCCCAAUUAUCUCCCAAAGGACCUGGAGAUCUGAACACCGGCCCAAUUAUCCCCCCUUCCUCCCAAAGAAUGCACUUGUUCCCUUCUCUUCACUGAGUCUAAAGGAAAUUACUGGUAUGAAAAAUAUGUUGGAAAUUGCCACUAGCCCAUGCCUCCACCAAUCCAAUGCUUUGAGAUUUGUGGGAGGUAAUGAACGAGGAAGGAGAUAUUAUUGGGACCUGUUGGUGACAGGGCAGAGGCACAUGAUUUGUGAACAACUUGAGGAGUUCCACGUUGUAUGACUUUGUGGGUAUAAUGUUUGUGUCUAACGUUUUUAACCAGCAUACUGAAUUUAAUGUAACGAGGAGCACUUCAACCUGCUGUGAUGAAGAGGUAAUGUGAUGACAUUUUUGAUCCCAGUAAUAUUGAUAGAAAAUGGUGUGGUUACUGUCCACUACAAACAUGAAAAAGUAUGAAAAUAAAAAUAAAAUAAUGUAUGCACUCACUACCUGUAAGUGUCUCUGGAUAAGAGCGUCUGCUAAAUGACUAAAAUGUAAAUGUAAUAAAUAAUAUUGGAUUGGAUCUGACGGUCAACUCAAACUACUGACGCAUGAUACUUAUUUACUGUUACCCUAACCCUCACCCUCACCCUAACCCUACUGGUGUGUGUUAUAGCAGAGAUAAACCAAUAUUCCUGUUGUGAAGAAUAAAUGACUCAUCUUCUGUG